ACUAAAGGACACGGUUGGAUGCCUGGACAGGUAAGUGUCCUACUAUUAAAAGUCAGCAGCUACGGUAUUUGUAGCCAGGGGCAGACUGACAACUCAUGGGGCCCCCGGGCAAUAGGGGAUCAUGAGGCCCCUGUGUCCUUGCCCACACUCAAAAAAACCUAUGAAAAAGGUACCAGGGGCAUCUCAUGGGGCCCCGUACUGACCCCGGGCCCUCGGGCAGUGCCCGAGUUUUCCCAAAUGGUCAGUCCGCCCCUGGUC